GGGUGAGAAUGUAAUAUUUUAUAUAUUUUUAAGAAAAUUCCAUUCAAUAUACGUUGAAUGAACCAACGCUUCUUUCACCAGGUUAAUUGAUUCAAAACUAUUGAAAAUCUUUCAGGGGGAUAUUGUAUAUUAUAGACUUUGUAUUUUACUACUUUUCCUAAAUGCAACGAUUCUAGUUAAUAGCUAUGAAUCACAAAAACAAAAUCUAAUGAAAAGAUAAACAUGCCACGUCAGGAGGAUUUGAUAAACCUUGUAAUACUAGGAAAUGACAUGCCUUUCAUAGUUGAUGAAUUUGGUUAUAAGAACCUAUUAUUACUGAAUUUUUUAGCGCAUGCAAUUAAAACCCACACCGUUAUUUGUGAAAAUUUUUGUAAAAUAUAUGAAGCACAGUUGAUAAUGAAUAUGUUGAAGAAAGAGUCAAAGAAAGUUCGAUAGAAGUAUAGCAGAGAAAUAGAAAUGUGAAAAAAAGAACUAGAUGCAUUUACUAACUUAACCAUAGUGUCAAGAUAUAUUUGCAAGUUGCAUCCGAGAAGUUUCGAAAAGGUUGAAAAUUUUUUCCCCAACAAAAAUUAGUGUAGAAGGGAUGCUAUUCGGUAUGUCUACAUGUUGUAUUGUGAUGUGCAAGUGCCAUGUCUUCGACACGAUUUCUACAUGAAUUCAACUGCCCUUUAAAAUUUUCUAUGAUUUUUAGACAAGUAUAAAAGAACCAAUACUGCGGAAACUGUCUACCUUGUGAAAUGUAGUCUGCAGAAUCAAAGAUAUGUUGACUUGAUGAGUAGCUUUUCUAAGAUGUGCUAAGCAAAAUUGGAGGAAACUUGUACCUUUGUUAGUUGAAGAACAAAUAUAUUGAAGAUUAUAACGGAUUGUAAAACGGCUAUUUGGAGAGUUCAUCAAUACUCUUAUAUUACUGAAAUGACUGGAGAUGGUCAAUCUAUGCAGGAAUAAAGUGGUAAUGCUUCUGUUAAAAUCUUUUCAUGCAUGUCAGAAACAUGCUGUGGCCUUUAUGUAACCAUGUAAGCAUGGACUCAUAUAAUUACUAUAUUUGGGACAACGCAUGGGCUAAUCUAAUAUUUUGAUAACAGGAUUGAGGAACCUGAUAGAGCUUGCUGAAUUCUGGAGGGCAUCAUUUGAUUAAAGUUGCUCACUAUGGAGUACAGAUUGUCACUGAGCCAUGGAGUAUUUAUCUGCAUCAAGUGUUCAGGCAUUCAUAGAAGCCUUGGCGUUCAUAUAUCCAAGGUUAUUUCAGUUAACCUAGAUGAAUGGACAGUUGAGCAGAUUGAUUCUUUAAUUAAUGGGGGUGGAAAUACUGCUGUAAAUAUGAAAUACGAAGCUUUCCUGCCCGGAGAUGUUGAAAAACCAAAACCAGAUGCUCUAUUAGAGGAACGUUUUGAUUUCAUAAGGAGAAAAUAUGAGCUCCAACAAUUUUCAUCUGUCCAAACUGUUUCUGCAUCUACAGUAUCAUCUUUCAAAUCACCUUUGCAGAACAAUAUCCCCAAAAAUAAAUACUUUGAGAAGCAACACACUGGUAUCCGUCAUACUCUAGCUCAAGCAUUCAGAAACAGUUGGAGUAAAAAGGGAUCUGAGCAGAAAGCAUUCAGGUCGACGGUGGGCAUGGUUGAAUUUCUUGGUUUAAUUAAGGUUAACAUUAUAAGGGGUACCAAUCUUGCUAUUCGAGAUGUGCUAACCAGUGAUCCUUACGUCAUUGUAACUUUAGGACACCAAACAAUGAAAACAAGAGUAGUGAGGAGAAAUUUAAAUCCUGUGUGGCAUGAAAGUCUGAUGCUGUCAAUUCCAGAUCCUAUUCCUCCACUUAGACUGCAAGUGUUCGAUAAGGAUACCUUCAGCGCUGACGACGAAAUGGGGGAGGCUGAAAUAGAUAUCCAACCGCUCGUCGAAGCAGCCAAAGCAUAUGAGAAGUCUUUUUUAAACGCAGAGCCUAUACAGGUUGGUAAGUGGCUUGCAACAGACUACAAAACACUCGUUAACGACAGUAUUUUCUCCCUUGUAGAUGGUAAGGUGAAGCAGGAGAUUACCCUUAAGCUUCAGAAUGUGGAGAGUGGCCACUUAGAGAUGGAGCUACAAUGCAUGCCUCUUAGCCAAUGAUUUUUCAUCUUACAGAAUUGAUUUUAUUUUGAACUUUUUUGUGAGAGUAAAUAUUACAUUUUAAGGGUUAUAGUAAGUGCUAUAUCGUACUCAAGUAGUUGUGAGGUAUAGCACUUUCUGCACUUAUGUAAAAUCUCAUAUAAUUAUAUAAAUAUAUUUUUCUUACAUUCUUAA